CAGUACAGCUUGAAACCUCAGAGGAUCUCAUCUCAUUUUGAUCUCCAAUCUAACAUAAUAACUAUCAAAUCCAACCAAAAUGAACUUCACAAAGCUUUUUGUCGUAUUCACUAUUCUUCUUGUUGCCUUCGCCGGACAAGGUGAAUCAAGGAGUUUAUGGAAGAAAAUCUUUAAGCCGGUGGAAAAACUGGGUCAACGAGUUCGUGAUGCUGGUAUUCAAGGAAUCGCAAUCGCUCAACAAGGGGCUAAUGUUCUUGCCACAGUUAGAGGAGGCCCCCCACAAUAAUUGUUAUAAUCGACAAAUUACACAAAAUUUAUUUGUACCGAAUUAUUUAUUCUAUAAUAGUUUUAUGAUAUUACUACUUAUUAAAUUCUAUAAACAAAAUUUGUUUCUGGUUUUUUAA